AUGAGUGACAUCCCGCCUGAGGUAUGGGCAGAACUCUUCCAACAAAAACAACGUCUCCUGGACCCUGUGCUGCCCUGGCUAUGCCAAAGGCUGGAGAGAAUAUUCUGGGGCAAGUGGUGGCUGGUGCAGGCUGCAGAGAGCAACAUCUUGAAUGAUCUCUGUGUCUAUGGUCUGGAUGUGGAGACCUUGAUCCUGAGGCUGCAGAAUAGCCUCGGGGAAGGCACAGCACAACUGGUUCAUGGCCUUAUCAAUAUCAUUGUGGGCCAGUGCAGUGAGGAAGCUCAGAGGCUGCUGCACUCCCAUGCUGAUGAGGAGGAAACCCGUAGACCUUCAGCUAGCAGCGGGUCCACCAGCUCCAGCAACAGCAACUCCUCCAUGGGAAUUUCUGCCAGCAACCCUACAGGCUCCAAUGUGGAGGAGGAAGCUGAGGUUGAAGAGGAGCAAAAGGACAUCAAGCCUCCAGCUGCAGCGCCUCCACAGCCAGAACCUGCAGAGCCACUCGACACACGCUCUGCACUUCAGCGUGCCGCCGGCACUCCCCCAGCUGCCAGCGCAUCGUCCAGUAGCCCAGCCCUGCAGCCCCAGCCAAGAGAGGAGCAGAGCCUGAAGAGCCUGAGGAGCAUUGUGAGUGUGGACCAGCCAACGAAGAAAUACACAGCAUUUGAAGAACUUGGACGAGGGACUGCUGAGUCAGAGCACUCUGAAGGCACCAUCAAAGGGCAUUUUGGAACUGUUUACAAAGCCCUGGAUGCCAGCACAGGACAACAGGUGGCCAUCAAGAAAAUGAGUCUUCAGGAGGACAUGUCCGAGGAGCUGACUGUCAAUGAAAUCCUGGCCGUGAGGGACAACAGGAAUCCCAAUAUUGUUACCUUCUUAGACAGCUACCUGGUUGAUGGGGAACUCUGGUUGGCAAUGGAGUUCAUGGACGGCGGCACCUUGUCAGACAUCCUCAGGGCAGUGUACCUGGAGGAAGGACAGAUGGGCGCUGUCUCUCGGGAGUGCCUGCAAGGACUGCAUUUCCUUCAUUCCCGCCAAGUCAUCCACAGAGACGUCAAAAGCGGCAACAUUCUUGUGGGCAUGGACAGAUCUGUGAAACUGGCUGACUUUGGCCUCUGUGCUCAACUCAGCCCUGAGCGCAGCAAGCGCAGCUCCAGGGUGGGCACUCCCAGCUGGAUGGCACCAGAAGUGGUGAGAGGAGAAGCCUAUGGCCCCAAAGUGGACAUCUGGUCGCUGGGGAUCGUGGGGCUGGAAAUGGUGGAAGGGGAAGCUCCUUACCAGAGGGAAGCCCGUCUCAGGGUGUUGGAACUGAUCGAAAGGAACGGGCCCCCAAAGCUGCAGAACCCCAGGCAGCACUCGCCUCUCCUGCGCGACUUCCUCCGGUGUUGCCUGCAGGUAGAUAAGUACAGGCGGUGGUCUGCCCAGGAACUCCUUCAGCAUCCAUUUGUGACCUCAGGCCAUCCUGCCUCCAGCCUGGCUGCUCUGAUCAUCUCAGCCAAGGAAGUGCAGGAAGAGUGGACAGGAGACGCUUGUGCCUGAGGAGGACUCUGUACCGUGCCAGCUGAGAGGAGUGGAAAGGGGAUGCAUGAUGUUUAGGCCGAGAUUCAGCCAUCCCCUGAGUUUUAACAGGAGUUGCAUCAUUCAUGGGAAAUUUAAUGUUUUGAGAUCUUCUUAGCUGUAGUUAUGUUUUAGUUAGGACUAUAGACUCUAGAAAGCUCCAUUAAUGGAGGAUUGUUUAGAUAAGAGUAGAGUAUUGUUGCUGUAGAGUAGCUCAGAAUUAUCCUUAAAGGAGAAAUAAAUGAGUCAGAAUAAGAAUGAAGCUAUCAAGAAGUAGCUAGUCCAAUUCAGCAGAAUUUGACCACACAUGUGCUGCGAGCUGUCAACCUGCACAGGUCUCCUGGAGGACUUAAAGACAGAUGAAGAUGAUG